GUAUGAAUUAUUCAGAUGGAGAGGAGUGUUCUGACUGGGUUAUUGCAAGUAUAGAAUCGGAAUUAGGAAGAAUAAAAAUAAGAUCAAAAUUUACAGGUAUAAAUGGUUAUUGGGUAGAAUUAGGAAGGAUAAACAUAAGGCAUAUGGAAGAGAAUUCUGGCUUGAUUAUUAUGACCUAG